GAGGUGGAGGCGCAGGGCGCGGGGUUGCGCCGUACUAGCGGUGCCCGCAGAGGGGAGGAGGCGGGGGAGCUCCGCGGCCAGAGCGGGAAAGAGACUCGCCUCAGUGUCGGAGUUGUGGCGCUGCCGCAGCUCGGAUCCUGGUGCUGUGGGGAAACGGGCGCCUGCUGUCCCAUCAGGUUCCCAUCGAAGCGACCCGUGCGAUCGGAAAGAGGGUGAAGAUGGAGGGGGAGGGCGGCGGCGGCGGCGGCGGCGCGGGCACUAGCGGGGACAGCGGCGGCGAGCAGCUCCUUACUGUCAAGCACGAGCUGCGGACCGCCAACUUAACAGGACAUGCAGAGAAGGUGGGAAUUGAAAAUUUUGAGCUGCUGAAGGUCCUAGGAACUGGAGCUUAUGGGAAAGUAUUUCUAGUUCGUAAAAUAAGUGGUCAUGAUGCUGGAAAGCUGUAUGCCAUGAAAGUUUUGAAAAAGGCAACAAUAGUUCAAAAGGCUAAAACUACAGAGCAUACAAGGACAGAACGACAAGUUCUGGAGCACAUUAGACAGUCACCAUUUCUGGUGACAUUGCACUAUGCUUUCCAGACAGAGACCAAGCUUCAUCUCAUCUUAGAUUAUAUAAAUGGUGGAGAACUUUUUACUCAUCUUUCUCAAAGAGAGCGUUUCACAGAGCACGAAGUGCAGAUCUAUGUUGGAGAGAUCGUGCUUGCCCUGGAACACCUGCAUAAGUUGGGGAUUAUAUACCGUGACAUUAAGCUUGAAAAUAUUCUACUUGAUUCUAAUGGCCAUGUGGUGCUGACAGAUUUUGGUCUGAGUAAGGAGUUUGUGGCUGAUGAAACUGAAAGAGCAUAUUCUUUUUGUGGAACUAUUGAAUACAUGGCACCAGACAUUGUCAGAGGGGGUGAUUCGGGACAUGACAAGGCAGUUGACUGGUGGAGUUUAGGUGUUCUAAUGUAUGAGCUACUAACUGGAGCAUCUCCUUUCACUGUUGAUGGAGAAAAAAACUCCCAGGCUGAGAUAUCUAGGAGAAUCUUAAAAAGUGAGCCUCCAUAUCCCCAGGAGAUAAGUGCUGCAGCUAAAGACCUGCUUCAGCGUCUGUUGAUGAAAGAUCCCAAGAAGAGAUUGGGAUGUGGUCCAAGGGAUGCAGAGGAAAUCAAAGAACAUCUCUUCUUUCAGAAAAUAAAUUGGGAUGACUUAGCUGCCAAAAAAGUGCCUGCGCCCUUCAAGCCAGUGAUCCGGGAUGAGCUUGAUGUGAGCAACUUCGCUGAAGAGUUCACAGAGAUGGACCCCACCUACUCUCCGGCCGCCCUGCCCCAGAGCUCUGAGCGGCUGUUUCAGGGCUAUUCCUUCGUUGCUCCUUCUAUCCUCUUCAAGCGUAACGCAGCUGUCAUAGAUCCUCUUCAGUUCCAUAUGGGAGUUGAGCGCCCUGGAGUAGCACAUGUUGCCAGGAGUGCAAUGAUGAAGGACUCACCAUUCUACCAACACUAUGACCUAGAUCUGAAGGACAAACCUUUGGGAGAAGGAAGUUUUUCAAUUUGUCGAAAGUGUGUACACAAAAAAACUAACCAAGCAUUUGCUGUCAAAAUAAUCAGCAAAAGGAUGGAAGCCAAUACUCAGAAAGAAAUAACAGCUCUGAAACUCUGUGAAGGACACCCCAACAUCGUGAAGCUACAUGAAGUUUUCCAUGAUCAGCUGCAUACGUUCCUUGUGAUGGAGCUUCUGAAUGGGGGGGAGCUGUUUGAGCGCAUCAAGAAAAAGAAGCACUUCAGCGAGACCGAAGCGAGCUACAUCAUGCGGAAGCUUGUCUCAGCUGUGAGCCACAUGCAUGACGUUGGGGUGGUGCACAGAGAUCUGAAACCUGAGAAUUUAUUGUUCACUGACGAAAACGACAAUUUGGAAAUUAAAGUAAUUGACUUCGGGUUUGCCCGCCUCAAGCCACCUGACAACCAGCCCCUCAAGACCCCGUGCUUCACCCUUCACUAUGCAGCCCCGGAGCUCCUGACACACAACGGCUAUGAUGAGUCCUGCGACCUGUGGAGCUUGGGUGUCAUCUUGUAUACAAUGCUGUCAGGGCAGGUACCAUUCCAGUCUCAUGACAGAAGUUUAACAUGCACCAGUGCAGUAGAAAUCAUGAAGAAGAUUAAAAAGGGAGAUUUCUCCUUUGAAGGAGAAGCAUGGAAGAAUGUAUCUCAAGAGGCUAAAGAUUUGAUUCAAGGACUUCUUACGGUUGAUCCAAAUAAAAGGCUGAAAAUGUCUGGCCUGAGGUACAAUGAAUGGCUUCAGGAUGGCAGUCAGCUGUCCUCCAACCCUCUGAUGACUCCAGACAUUCUGGGGUCUUCAGGAGCCGCCGUGCACACCUGUGUGAAAGCAACCUUUCAUGCCUUCAACAAAUACAAGAGGGAAGGGUUUUGCCUUCAGAAUGUGGAUAAGGCCCCGUUGGCUAAGAGGAGGAAAAUGAAGAGGACAAGCACCAGCACAGAGACACGCAGCAGCUCCAGCGAGAGCUCCCGCUCUUCCUCCUCCCACUCCCACGGCAAAACCACGCCCACCACGACGCUGCAGCCCGGCAACCCCACAGACAGCACUAACCCAGACACCCUCUUCCAGUUCUCAGACUGAGUGCCGUGGGAACAGGAUGUCCUCGCUAACCCUUGCACCUUAGCUCCCUCAGCAUGUGCCUGAGGUAUGUUCUGUGCUUUAAAAACGCGUGUCCCAUUGUUGUCAUUGGAAUCUGCCUCGUAAUGAAUAUUUUUCGGGGAAACCUGUUUGGUUAUCCUUUUCAAAAGCACUGGACAGACAGCAUUACUGUGAAUAGAGGACACGUGAUAACCUUUUUAACAGACCAGCAUGAUGCCAGCUCAAGAUUCUUCUUGAAACAGCAAAGAUUUCUGUAAUUUUAAUGAAUAGUUAGAUAAGUCACAGAAUUUUUUUCACCUGUCUGCCAAAAAGACUUGAUGACUUCUGCCCUGCCU